AUGUCGAAAACACCAAAUCGCCUUGUAUUACCAGAGUUGGAAAAUAAGAGUUUUCGAGAUUCUAAACAAAUAUAAGAUUUAAGAAGAAAAUUAGAACAAUAGAAGGAUACUAUAAAAGAACUUGUUAAUUUAGUAAAGGAGUCUAAAACAGAAUAAUCCUACAAACCAUAGUUCAAUUAAUCUAUUGUAUAAGCUAAUUAGGAAAAGGAUGAAGUCACUUUACAGUUACUAGAAGAAGUAAAAACAUUGAGGAGAUAAAUAAACAAUAUUGAAUAAGGUCCAAAACAAUCUGUUCAACAUCCAAUUAUAAUUCCACAAUAUUUACCAGGUCCUCCACAAUAACAAUAAUAAGUAUAACCAAUGAUGUCUCCGUAUAUGUUUAUGAAUCCAUACUUUCCUAUGCCUCCUCCCUUUAUGUAUCCAUAUCAAUAAUCAUAAUAAUCUAAUCAAGAUGAUACCUACAAAAAAAUAGUUCUUGAAUUGCUUUAAAAAAGUAAUAAAAAUAUAAAAGAUAUCAAUCGAAAAAGAAGAGAUUCAUACUCAAGUGAAUAUACUGAUGAUCAUGAUGAUAAUAGAAGAUAACAUAGACAUCAUUCAAAUGUAGAUGGAAAAUAUUAUUAAAAUGAUAGAUAACAUUAAAGAAGGAAUAAAGAUAAAAAAUAAAUAAAAGAUAGAAAUCAUAAAGAUUAAGAUUAUUAGGAUCAUUUGAGAACAAAUAGUAGAAUAUCUAUAAAUGAUAGUUAAAUGAGUUAUAAUUAAAAAUUGAAUGGAAAGGGUAAACGAAAGAUUAAUUAAAAGAUUUUUACAUAAGAUGAGAAACUUAAAUUAAAGAGAAAAUUAUCUGGACUAUUUUGGUAUAUUAGAAUUGGUUUAGUGCUUAGAAAAUAUUUGAAAAGAGUAUGGUUACAAAGAAGACAAGAGUAUUACAAUACUGAAGCAUAGUAAUUAAUUGAUAAAUUCGAUCAUGAAUUUGUAAUUGAUUUAUCAAAUUAAAUAGAACUACAAAGAAGUUUUUGUUUUGUUUGUUGUUGAAUGUAACAAAAACAAGUAUUUUACUAAAAAUUGGAAUAUUUUUGAUAAUAAAGAAGUUGAACUUAAAUCCAAAUUAAUAUUUUCCAUUAUAAAUAUUCUUUUUAAGAAAAUACCGUUUAUGACCAAGAGUUCUAUGACAGAUGAACAUAAAUAAUUUAUUAAGAAAAUAUCAACUCCUGGUGGAUAUUUAUUACCAGGUCAUCCAUAAUUUGUAACUGAUAGAGUAGAAUUAAGAUCAAAUGUAACAAUAGGGUAAUUAAUUUAAAUUACUUAGAUAAAUUAAUAUUGAAGUAUCAAAGUUGAUUUAAAUGGAUUAUAUUUAUAUUCAAAUUCUUGUUUAGAGAGUUAUUCUCAUACAUGAAUGGUAUUCUUAAUAUUCUAAAAUCCCUAAUUAUAAGGAAGCUAUGAAAAUAUUUGUUACCUUAAUGCAUUAAUUGUUUAUUGAUCAUUUUAUUAAUCUUCCAACAUAUGAAAAUCCAGAUUCAAUUUUUAAUGUAUAUUUUUAUAUCAUUAUAACAUAGUAAAAAUAAGUUAUUUAUUGUGAUUUCACAUAAUAAAAUUAUAUUGAUGUUGCUAUAAGUAUUGAUGAUAAGCAUCCAAAAUAUCAACCAACAAAACAUUGUUGUAUCCUUGGUUUAGGAUCCAAUGAUGAAAUGAGACCACUUUAUGAAUAGCCUGGUUAUAAGGAUCUUUAAAUUUAAUUUAAAGAAUAUUGUGAAUAUUUUUAUUAAUCCUUAAAUUUUUGA